GAAGAAGUAUGGCGAAUGACAAGGAUCCUCUGAGCCAAGUCAAGGAUCUAGCACUGCUCAAAGAUCAACUUGCAGACAUCCAGAAACGAGUGGAGAAUGAAGUGCAGGCUGGAAUACCACAGGGCGGUUCACUGUUAGCUUCUCCGUUUCUGAAGGGUUUCCUGGCUGGUUAUGUGGUGGCCAGACUUCGUGCCACAGCAGUUUUGGGGGUUGCUUUGGGAACCCUCACCGGCAUCUAUGCUGCACAAAACUAUGAGGUGCCCAACAUUGAGAGAACCAUUAAGGACUAUUUGAAUUCUUUGAAGAAAGGCCCCGGUAAUUAACAU